GAGGGCGGUACACACCUGUGGGGAUUAAAAGUCAUAAAGCCAAGACGACAGAAAAUCUCAAUAUUUAUAAUAAUUCAGGACAAUGUUCACAUCGAUGUUUUUCUCAUUACUUGUUUAUUUCCUUUCAGGAACUCUCUGUUCUGCUCUCGUUGUUCAUGGUGGACAUGACCAUAACCACGGUGGUCAAGAUGUGCACGGACACGGUGGUCAAGAUGUGCACGGACAUGGCGCUCAUGAUACGCAUGGACAUGGUGGUCGGGAGGUGCAUCGCCAAAGUGGAUAUGGCGGUCAAGAAGUGCAAUGGUUCACGGAAGUCGGCCCUGAUGGAAUACCACGUGAAGUACAGUUAACCAUGGACGAAGUCCAGCGACGUCUUCGAGACCAACAAGCUCGUGGAAUCACUGACACAAAGUACUAUGGAGAAAAUGGUUUAGUGACGAUAGACAGGGGGCAUUUGAGGCCCGGGGAAUUGCUUCCCGGUCCUGUCGAUCCAUGGGUCUCGGCAACCUUUGAGGAAGAGAAAAGAAGGUUGGAACUGGAAAGACUAAGGAAAGAAAGACUAGAACAGGAAAGACGAAUAAAGGAGCUGGAAAAACGUCUGGCUAACGAGAGAAGACAGAACUCAAAUAGAAGAAGGCCAAGUAUAAGGAGACCUAAUCGAGUAAAUAAUCGAAAUCGAUUGAAUAUUCGUAGAACAACUGGAGGAAAUACUCGCAGACGAACUGGGGGAAAUACACGCAGACUAACUGGCGGAAAUACUCGAGGAAGAUCUUCCUCACGUGGACGAGGCACUAUACGUGGGAGAGCACCAGGCAGAAGUAGGAAUGUACAAGAAAAGAAGCCUGAAAAGAAAAAAGACAAAAAAGAAAGUAAGAGACCCAGGGGUUUAAUUUCGCGCUGGAUCGAAUCCAACCGGAAGCUGAUGGAUAAAGUAACCGAUAGAAAGCCAAGGGGUUUCUUAUCGGGUUUAGUGUUUGGAUAAACAACUAUAGAAAGGUCAUAAAAUGAAGACAUUUGAGCAAUGAUUUUAAAAAAAGACACCGGGAAAGAUAUUAUUUAUUGUCAUCCAAGUUGACUUUCCUAAAUAUCUUGAAGGAGAGUUUUCACUUUUUAUGAAUAAGGGAUUGAUUAGUAAAUAUUCUGGUAAAUCAAAGCAUUUUUGUUUUGUCAAAGCAUUUUUGUUUAGAAACUACAGAAUACAAAACAAAUAACAUGUGAUUCAAUUUUUUUACAUUUUUUGUAUUUUGUAAGCUAACCGUGAAAGAUAAAAUUGGAAAUUGUCGAGUUAUACACAAUCAAAAGUGGAGAUGGCGCUUUGGUAAAAUCUCCUCGUCAAAAAUACCUUUUAGAAUGUUAGGAAACAAGUAUUUAUUGUUAGUACAAUGAACAAAAAUUGAUUCGGUAUGUCUCUGUUAAAAAUAUAUUUUAAGAAAAAUGUUUAUAUACUAGGGGAUCCAAAAAUUCAAAUGCCAUUCUGAAUAAAACAUGUAAUAUUAAAUAAAGAAAUCAUUUUUAGAUUCGUGUAGAUAUGGAAAAAAAAAUUAGCAAUGACAAGAACUCAUGACUCCUCUAAAGAAGAUAUAUAACAUUUUCUGUAGAAAUUUAUCUUUGUGUAGUUACCGACAUUGUACUUACGCGCUCUAGUGACAUGAAAGAACAAUCACGUCAGAAUAGGCCAAAAAGAAACUUCAAUAAAUAAGAGUUUAAUUAGGACGCAAAAAGAGACAAUCAGAAAAAUCCUUGAUCCUCAUCUUGUUCCAUAUAUACCCAAAUUAAAAAAAACUAUUCUAUAGAUAGAAAAUUAACAAGAAUAGCUUUUUCAAAAAGCUUUGCCUUCUUCAGCAGUAAACUGACAUACACCUAUUAGUCUGUAUUAUCCUUGAGCAGUUCUUGGCUUUGAAUGAUUUCUUUAUCAGUUCUUUACAGACAUAAGGGUAGCCCUACUAUAUGAAAACUUGCAAAAACAAAGUAAAAAGAAUAAAUACAAAUUUUAAUGUUUGUAGGCAAUAAAGAACUCAUAUCUGUUAACCAUAAAAUAGAGAAACACUUUUUAACAAUUGCUAUAAAAAAUUAAGAAGUCAUUAAUUGCAAUUUUCUUUUGUUCGUUAUGUCGUUUUAUUUAAAGGGAUUUUAAUUACAUGGAUUAUAUUUUCAUGUAUAAAAUGUUUCCCUAAAAAAAUGGAAAUGUUCAUUGCGAUUAUAGCAACGUUGUGUCAUGUGUACUUUUCCGCCUUAAUACACAUUUCCCUUUCUGUCAGGACUAUUUGUCUUGGCUCUUCAAAGGUGAAAGUUGAAAGUUUUUUAAAAUGUUUAUUUUACUGGUUAAAGUUUGUUUAUUCCCUUUUUGAAUAUUGAAUAUUAAAACGUUUACAGAU